CACGGACUCAUUGAGAGCUGGAUCUUCUUUCAUAAAAUGGGACCUAAAGUUCUUGGGCCCUACCUAAGUGGGCAACUUGGUUACGGCCUAAAUUAUAUGAGCCUUGCUGGACCAGCCUGGUCCAAUGGUACAUUUAACUGAGCCCACGGGCCAUGUCGGGGAACGAAAGAACGCUAGUUAGACGGCUGAUGGGGCCGGAGGAGGAGUGCCAGCGCAGCGGCAGCGGGGACUGCCACGGCGAUAAUUCCUUCACCUAGCUGAGCAUACUCGUCCUCACUGGGGAAAGGGAGAAAAUUCGAAGAUUUUCUUUUGGUUGAUGAAGCAAGCAAGGAAGGAAUCUUGAAAAACCCAAAGCACGCAGCAGGCAGGAGGAAGAAAAGGAAUUAUUCUAAGGGCUUUCCCGCUUGCUAAAUAACACGCCUCGCCCUUUCCCCCCGGGGUUCGAUAGAGUUGAUUGCCGUCUGCCUACUCAGCUGAUCUAGUAGCGUCCGCAGCCGGAGUUCUGGGUCGGAUCAAGAUCUUAGUGGGCGAAGCUGGGUAGAGCUCCUGAAAACCCCAUUUGUUCAGUUUGUCUAUUCCAAUUCUGGUCUCUUGGGCUAGUGAGAAAAGGGAUCUUUGGGUUCUGCUGAUUGUGCCGAUUUGGGAGCGAGAGUGAAAGAGUCUUCUCAAAUGGCAAUCAACAAGUCUAGACCUAAAAAGCCCUCCAAAUUGUCCGUUUACCUUUAUAUUCCCAACAUUAUUGGCUAUGUGCGGGUUCUCAUGAAUGUCUAUGCCUUUGCUAUAUGUUUCUCCAACAAGCAGCUUUUCUGCAUCCUUUAUUUCAUUAGCUUUGUGUGUGAUGGGAUUGAUGGUUGGGCUGCUCGGAAAUUCAAUCAAGUUUCAACUUUUGGAGCAGUUCUGGACAUGAUAACAGACAGGAUUAGCACUGCCUGUCUGCUUGUAAUCCUUUCUCAAGUAUACCGACCUGGCUUGACUUUUGUAUCACUGCUUGCCCUGGAUAUUGGUAGCCACUGGCUGCAGAUGUACAGUACAUUCUUGUUAGGGAAAGCUAGUCACAAAGAUGUGAAAGACAGUACCAGUUGGCUAUUCAGGGCUUAUUAUGGCAACCGUAUGUUUAUGGCUUACUGUUGUGUGGCGUGUGAGGUUCUCUAUAUUUCCUUAUAUCUUCUUGCUGAAAAGCCAACUGAACAUUUGAUGGAUGUUCUGAUGUCCUUGACGAAAGAGAUUUCCCCUUUCUCGAUCUUAGUUGGUUUAAGUUUGUUCGGAUGGGCGAUCAAACAAGUUGUAAAUGUGAUACAGAUGAAGACAGCAGCUGAUAUUUGUGUCCUUCACGACAUCAACAAGAAAGAGAGGCCUUAACAAUGCUUUCCAUGAAGAAGAAACAAAGCUUUCUUUCGGAGCCGAAGUUCCUGCAUCAAAGUUUAUGUCGAAAAUCAUGAGUUCGGCUGCUCAGCAAUGUCUAUGUACUGCAACUUUGCAGGUUUCUAACUUCUCGUCUUGCUACGGCUUGUGUCUGUUUUGUUGCCGUGGGAAGGAAAGAUUUGAUGUGGUUUUUCCCAUUUUACAAGUUUUGAGAGAGUUUGGUGAGCCUUUUUUUUGGCAUGUAAGGCUUUCUUUCCUUACAGAACAGUUACUGAUUGUUUUCAGUUAAAUCUCAGUAGCUGAGGAACUCCAUCCUGCGGAAUUUGUAGGUUUCGCGUAUCCAAGUUGGAAAAGUCCUGUUAUGAUAUAGCUUUUCCACAGAACAAGUUGAAUUUCAUAUGAUUUAAUCAUUUAAAUCUGGAGACGGAAAAUGAAAAGUUGCUUUGAUA